CACCCAUCCGUUUCUCGUUCUCCGGCCCCUGCCUGACUCCCCUCCUCCCCCCCUUAACAAUGGCAGUACAGGCGCAGUACCCAUCCAAUCUCCUCUUCCACGACAGGUGCGCCUCCUCCUACUCCGUCCCCUCGCUCCUCCUUCCGCCCCUGCCCCUGCCCCUUGGGAGCGGUAUCUGCUCUUGAGAGAGGUCUUUGGUUGCCGGGGAGUGGUCUCACGGCUUCCUCUGCUCCGUGCUGUUUAUCGCAGAGGUGAGCCGGACAGGAAGAAGGCGAUGGACAUGCCCAAGCCGCCGCAGCUCGCCGGAGUCUCGCCGGCGGCGGUCUACUUCUCCGGCGGUGGAGCGAGUGGGAAUAAUCGGAGGAAGCGAGCCAGGGAGGCCAUGGCGCCGCCGCCGGCGGUCAAGGAGGAUUACGUCAAUCUGUUCGCACUCCAGCAGCAGCAGCAGCAGCAGCAGCAGCAGUCGAUGCCGUUCGCCAACAUGGCGCUCUUCCAGAACCAGAACAGAGUCUCGUCGUCGCCGUCCCCGGCCGCGACGGCGCUCGUGUCCACCGGCCUCCGCCUGGCAUUCGACGAGCAGCAGCAACAUCUGCUACAGCAGCAGGAGAGCAAGCAGACGAAUGCCUUGCGCUAUUCGUCGCCGCCGUCGCUGUUCGCCUCUGUCUCCGACGAGCUCGCCGCGCAGGCGAAGCAGCAUGAAGAGGAGGUCGACCGGUUCGUCCGCGAGCAGGGCGAGCAGCUCAGGCGGGCGGUGGCCGAUCGGCUGCGGCGCCACAACCGGGCGAUUCUGGUCAAGGCCGACCAGUCCGCGGCGCGCAGGCUCCGCGAGAAGGCGGCGGAGGCGGAGCGCGAGGCGCGGCGCGGCGCCGAGCUGGAGGAGCGUCUGGCGCGCCUCCGCGGCGAGGCGGCGGCGUGGCAGGCCAAGGCGCUCUCCGAGCAGGCCGCCGCGGUCGCCCUGCACGCGCAGCUGCAGCAGGCCGCGGCCGCGGCGCGGGCGUCGGUCGAGGAGCUCACCGCCGCCGCCGCCGCGGGCGACGCCGGCCCGGCGGAGUCGUCGGCGUCGGCGUUCGUGGACCCUCGCCGCGCCGGGCCGCCGCCAGACCACGCGUGCCUCGCCUGCCGCCUCAGGCCGGCCUCCGUGGUGCUCCUCCCCUGCAGGCACCUGUCCCUCUGCGGCGAGUGCUUCGCCGCCGGCGACGCCGACGCCGCCAUGCCGUGCCCCGUGUGCCUGUGCGUGCGGACGGGGAGCGUGGAGGCCAUCCUCUGCUGAGCUUUCCCCGCCUCUCAUCAUCGAUCAUCCGGCCGUCCACCUCGUGAGCCGGUGAGUGCAUGAUGUGCAGGAACCCAUCAAUGCCUUCCCAAGAAAUUGAGGAGAAAAAAAAAAACGUAGGAAAGCUAGAACUUUCUCUUUUUUAAUUUCUUUUUUCUAAGUUUUUGUUCAUAUUAAUUUCGACUCCUCUGCCCUACCUUCUAUGGGUUUUAGGAGAAUUCAAUUGAUAAGUUCAUUGUUAAUAGUAAGCAGCAAGUGCAUCGGA